GGUUGAGACUCUGAACAAGGCCAUCUUCCAAGGCAGCAAUGGCACCCACGCUUGCUACCGCCCAUCGCCGGCGCUGGUGGAUGGCAUUCACAGCCAUCAUUGAGAACCUGCUCUUCUCUGCUGUCCUGCUGGGCUGGGGGUCCCUCCUCAUCAUGCUGAAAGCAGAAGGGUUUUAUUCCUACCUGUGCCUCGAGUCAGGAAACACCACCAGCAGCCCUGAAUAUGAGAACAGCACAACUUCAGAGCACAAAUGGCCUUCCUGCAAUGCCCAGGAUGAAAUGCUGAACUUGGCCUUCACCAUUGGGUCCUUCCUGCUCAGUGCAAUCACACUCCCCCUGGGAAUUGUCAUGGACAAGUACGGCCCUCGCAAGCUGCGGCUGCUUGGCAGUGCCUGCUUUGCUGUGUCCUGUGUGCUGAUCGCGUAUGGUGCCAGUAACCCAGACUCUCUGUCUGUGCUGAUAUUCAUUGCGUUGGCGCUGAAUGGCUUUGGUGGGAUGUGCAUGACCUUCACAUCGCUUACGCUGCCCAACAUGUUUGGUGACCUUCGUUCCACGUUUAUUGCUCUGAUGAUUGGCUCCUAUGCUUCCUCUGCUGUGACUUUUCCAGGAAUCAAGGUUAUAUAUGACUUUGGGGUCUCCUUCAUCCUUAUUCUGCUUGUCUGGGCAAGCUGUGCCGGACUAGUUUUUCUCAACUGUUUCUUCAAUUGGCCACUGGAGCCUUUCCCAGGACCAGAAGACAUGGACUAUUCGGUGAAAAUAAAGUUCAGCUGGCUGGGAUUUGACCACAAAAUCACUGGGAAACAGUUUUACAAGCAAGUAACGACUGUGGGGCGCCGUCUCAGUGUGGGGAGCUCCAUGAAGGGCCCCAAGGAGCCAACAACCUUGCAAGAGAACAACAAGCUCUGUCUGUCUACGGUGGACCUAGAAGUGAAGUGCCAGCCUGACAACACAGCUUCUCCCUCCUUCAUGAAGAGUGUCUUCAGUCCUAUCUUGUUGCUCAGCCUUAUCACCAUGUGUGUAACUCAGCUGCGGCUCAUCUUCUACAUGGGGGCUAUGAAUACCAUCCUUGAGUUUCUGUCUGGAGAUGAAGAUCAAGUGGCUCUCUACACUUCCAUUUUUGGGGUAUUGCAACUGCUGUGCUUGCUGACAGCACCUGUGAUCGGGUACAUCAUGGAUUGGCGCCUGAAAGAGUCUGAUGAUGGCUCAGAAGACAAUGAGGAGAGCAACGCUGAGCAAAGUGACAAGAAAAAGAAAAAGCGUGAUCGUCAGAUCCAGAAAAUCACCAAUGCCACCAAUGCCUUUGCAUUCACAAAUGUCCUGUUGGUUGGAUUUGGAAUCACCUGUCUUAUUCCUAAUCUACCGUUGCAGAUUCUUUCCUUCAUUUUGCAUACAAUUGUGAGAGGAUUCAUCCACUCAGCUGUGGGAGGCCUCUACGCAGCUGUAUACCCCUCCACUCAGUUUGGCAGCUUGACAGGGUUGCAGUCGUUGAUCAGCGCCCUUUUCGCCCUUCUGCAGCAGCCUCUUUUUAUGGCAUUGACGGGGCCUUUGGAAGGAGACCCUCUCUGG